CUUCACCUCUCUUGGGGACCGCCCAAUCCAGCCGCACCUCCGAGCACGUUUGGCUCGCGCAGGCCUACAUCCGUCAUACUUUGCGGCCGGAAAAGAAGCGAGACGGUCGCGGGUUGAUGACGUAUCCCUGGCGCCCGCCCCAAAGGCGGAAACGCAAGUUGUCGCCGUCCCGGGCGCGGGCUUUCACGGGUGCGGGCUCCUUCGGCCUGCCUGCCAUGGCGUCAGGGGGGCCGUGGGGGCCUGAAGGCACGUCAAGCAUGAAGUUAUCAGCAGAUGUGAAACCAUUUGUCCCCAAGUUUUCUGGGCUCAAUGUGGCGUGGACGGAGUCUUCAGAAGCAUGUGUCUUCCCUAGCUGUGCAGCCACCUACUAUCCAUUUGUACAGGAACCACGAGUGACUGACCAGAAAAUAUAUACAGAAGACACAGCCUUUAGAGCCUCAGCAUUUCCACCCCAGUAUCUAUCUUCAGAGAUAACGCUACAUUCGUACGCCUACACUCCAUAUACCUUUGAGUCUACACAGAAUGUGUGCUCAGUGCCUGCCUCACGGUAUGAUUACAGCCAACCCAGUCGUCGAGGUUUUCAGACUGUGAAGCCCCAAAAUGAACAUGUGUGCGCUGUCCCACAAGAAACGAAGGCUCCUUUAAAGAAGAAAACCUAUGAUGAGAAAAAAAUAUACAAUGAGCAAAAGUUUAAAAGGACUGAUGGUCCAGUAUCAUCUGAGAUCAAGUCAGCCAGAGGUCCCCACCAUUUAUCCAUUCAUGAUGGUUACCAUAAGCGAACAGCCAGGAAAUCCAGAACUACUGAAAAAAGUCCGUCUACCUCCAAACCUGAGUUUGAAUUUAGCAGGUUGGAUUUUCCUGAAUUGCAGGGUCCAGAGAGCAGUAUGUCAGGGAUACAGAAGCAGUGCAGAUGGGGACCUCUCCGAUCCAACUCCACUGUAUCUCUUGUAGCAGAAGUGGGAGAACCUGCUGGAGUGGUGUCAGGGGGCGAGGUAGUGAUGAAAAAACCCUCAAAUGAAUCUGUAACUGAUAGUGCUGCUUCCAGUUCCCCAUCAUGUACAAGAGAGUUAUCUUGGACACCAAUGGGUUAUAUUGUUCGGCAGACAUCUUCAGAACCAUCGCCAGCUCCUAAGAAUGUUGCUUCUAUGAUAAACCUAAAGUCAGUUGUUUCGUCAGCAGAUCCUAAAAGUGUUAGUGUGUCAUCUUCUGAAGUUUUAUCUUCAGAUCCUUCCUACAACAAAGAGAAUCAUGUUGUUCAUCCUACUAAAAAGUCCCAAGCAUUACAAGGUGGCGACCUCGAACAAAAUGAACCCUCAAGGAAGAAUAAGAAAAAGAAAGAGAAGUCCAAAUCAAAAUACGAAAUCCUGACAGUGACAGUGCAAGAACCACCAAGAAUUGAAGAUGCCGAGGAGUUUCCCAAUCUGGCAGUUGCAUCUGAAAGAAGAGACAGAGUAGAGUCACCGAAAUACCAAUCUAAACAGCAGCCACAGAGUAAUUUUAAAAAUAGUGGAAAGAAAAGCCAGAUUCCGGUGCAGUUGGAUUUGGGAGGUAUGCUGGCAGCGCUGGAGAAGAAACAGCAUGCCCAGCAGGCCAAGCAGUCCUCCAGACCAGUUGUGUUCUCAGUCGGAGCGGUGCCCGUCCUUUCUAAAGAAGCCAGCUCAGGGGAGAGGGGCCGUCGCUUCAGUCAGGUGAAGACUCCACACAACCCUUUGGACUCCAGCGCCCCACUGAUAAAGAAGGGAAAGCAAAGGGAGGUCCCCAAGGCCAAGAAGCCCACAUCGCUGAAGAAGAUUAUUUUAAAAGAACGGGAAGAAAGAAAGCAGCAGAGACUCCGAGAAAAUGCUGUGAGCCCAGCUAUGGCCAGUGAUGAGGCACAGGAUGCAGAGAGUGGUGCUGAGGAGCAGGCUGCCGACCAGGCUGGUCCCGCAGUUUCAGGGAGAACAGAAGAACUGGCUUCCACUCCUGUGGUUGAGGGCCAGUCAGAAGAGCCGCCUGCUACAGAGCUCCAGAAGGAUGCUGAGGCCUGCCAGCCUGCACCCGACCAAGCUGCCUUCCCCAAGAUCCACAGCCGCAGAUUCCGGGAUUACUGCAGCCAGAUGCUCAGUAAAGAAGUAGACGCGUGUGUCACAGACCUACUCAAGGAGCUGGUCCGCUUCCAAGACCGAAUGUACCAAAAAGAUCCAGUCAAGGCGAAGACUAAACGCCGGCUUGUGCUGGGGCUGAGGGAAGUUCUCAAGCACCUAAAGCUCAAGAAGCUGAAGUGCAUCAUCAUUUCUCCCAACUGUGAGAAGAUACAGUCAAAAGGUGGGCUGGACGACACUCUGCACACCAUUAUCGAUUACGCCUGUGCGCAGAACAUCCCCUUUGUGUUUGCUCUCAAUCGCAAGGCUCUGGGGCGCAGUUUGAACAAAACAGUUCCUGUUAGCAUCGUGGGCAUCUUCAGCUACGAUGGGGCGCAGGACCAGUUCCAUAAGAUGGUUGAGCUGACCAUGGCAGCCCGGCAGGCAUACAAGACCAUGCUUGAGAAUGUGCGGCGGGAGCUGGCAGGGGAGUCCGCACCUCAGACACCUGUCAGCCCGCCCUCAGAGGGCCCCAGCAGCUCUGUGGAAGACAGCGCCCCGGCCCCCUCUGCAGAAGAGCCCCACUACAUUCAAGUCUGGAGAAAGCAUCUGGAAGCAUACAGUCACUGCGCCCUGGAGCUGGAAGAAUCCCUGGAAGCCUCAACCUCUCAGAUGAGCAACUUAAAUUUAUAAGGAGAGUGUUCUUUCCUGUGUGUCUGUGUAUUGUGGGUAAGGAACGGGGAGGCUUAGAAAGACUUGGGGGCUCUUCUCUCAGUUUUUCACUGACCUUACAUACUUUGUAUGGCUGUUGAAUUUGGAAAUUAACCUGCAUGAAAGGCACACGAAGUGGUGGUUGUGAGGUCUUCAGAGCUGGGAUUCUGCCUGGUGGCACAUGUGGUCUGGAGAACACUGGAAAUGCAGUCCUUGAGCACCUUGCCUGCUGAGGCCCCACCUCCACUGCAGCCCAGCCCAGCCCAGGGUCCAUCGCAGAGGCAGGCAGGGGCUUCCUGUGGCGAGGGACAGCAGGAGCUGUCCCUCUCUCAAGGAUGCUGACAUUGGCACAGAAGGCAGUGGGGAGGGGCCCUUUCUCAGGGGACAUAGCUCUUAAGCUUAACAAUGGGGAGGAUUUGCUAAAAUGAGCCUCAGAAGGAAGUUGGUUUUCUAACCUGCGACUUUUUGACAUCAGUUAUUCCUUUUAGUCUAUAUUUCCAAAGAAACAGUGUAUAUUGAAGUUGCUACAUUUCAGUUUAGUUAAUAUACUAAUCUUCCUUUUUUUAAAUGAACAUAUUUUGAAUGUGAUUUCUGUCAUGGAGCCCAAGGGGCAGAACUUACUUUGAUAUUUUCCCUGUAAGAAAGAGGGCUUAUUUAUUUUGAAUAAAGAGUGAUUAUUUAAUUUCA